UCUGGACUGAGGGGGCUUGGAGCAGCAGGUCGAUCCACAUUGUGGCCCUGGGCUCCGAGUGCCCCGGAGGAGUCGGGCCCGGGGAGGAGAUCAUGGGCCAGGGGCAGCUGCAGGGAGGCCUGCUAUGGAGCUACCUGGGUCACGGGGCGCUGGUGGGACCCUGCGACCUGGAGAGCAGCAUGCACAACCCGGCCUUCAUGGAGUACACCUCGCGUGUGUUUGGGGAUGUCACCGUUGUGGUUCGGGAUUGUCCCAGCUGGGACUUGUUGGACAGCGACUGGGCCAGCGUGCGGAAAGUUCUCGAGCAGGCGGACAUCCUGGUCAUCAAAUAUUCAGUCACUGACAAGCUGGCCUUCCAGCAGGUCAGGAACGGCUACGCCCCGAGACUCCGCCCGCUCCUGAGGCACUGGGGUGUGCCUGUUAUCCUGGUCGCUGUCGGAGCUCGCCUGAACGAUGAAGGCCCUCCGUGUACCUGCCCGCUGUGUGCUUCCGACUGGAGCAGCUGUGUGCCUCACAGUGAGGGUCUGCAGCUGUCCCGGGACCUGGGGGCCACCUACCUGGAGCUGCCCUCUCUCAACCACGUCUUCGUGGGCCGCUACUUCGGCAGCGUGCUGGAGUACUUCAUGAUUCAGUGUCUGAAACACAAAGCCAAAGAAAGGCCGGAGAAGAGGCGAGGAAACAAAGUCAACGAGCUUCGCCCCCCUCACUUAGAGCAACCAGCACGUCUCCCACCUAUCCGAGUAGAGGAGUCCAGCUUCUCCCAGGACAUGCAGUGGUUGCUGGAGCGUGGCGUGCAGUUCGCCGAUGUGGCUUUCUAUGCUGGGGACUCUGGGAAAGAGCUGGGGUGGGCGCACGCUGCUGUGCUGUGUGCUGUCAGCCCCUACUUCAGACAGCUGCUCCUUGGGCCCAAGACCAGGGAGCGUCCCCAGUCACGGUGUGUUUGCCGAGAGCGAGACGGAGGUCCCCACUCACUGCUCUCCACCUGGGACGGCGGGAUAAUUGAUGACUUGCCUCGAUCAGAGGGGCAUCUGACAGGACGCCUGUCUCGUCUGGUGGUGAAGGACCCCCUCCUGUGUAUGUGCUUGUGGGAGACGCUCAUGUUCAUUUACAGAGGAGCAUGGGAGUGGGACCACCUCCAGGAAGCCCUGGAGGAGAAGCUGAAGAAUUCCAUAGCGGUGGCUCAGCUCAUGGAGCGCAUACGAUCCCUCAUCGGCAGAGACAGGGGCCCCAGGGACACGCCGAGUGCGCGGGCAGCUCAGCUUGGACCCCAGACGCUUGUCAACCUCUUCAAUUCUCCCCUUUACUCUGAUGUCAUCUUCAUGGUGCAAGGGAGUGUACUACCAGCACACCGGGCAGUGCUUGUGGCGCGCUGUGACGUCAUGGCGGCCAUGUUCAGCGGGAAGUAUGCAGAAGCCCGCAGCCGAGUGGUGCCCAUCCACGGCGUCUCCUCAGACACCUUCCUGUCUUUCCUGGAGUACCUCUACACUGACUCCUGCUGUCCUGCCAGUGUGCUGCAGGCGAUGGCCGUGCUGGUCUGCGCCGAGAUGUACCAGGUGAAGCGUCUGCAGCAUCUGUGUGAGGUGUGCGUGUGCGCUUACCUCCAGAGCAUGCCCAGCAGAGAGCUGUCGUCGACAGGUAUCAGCGUGAUCCGACUACUCCGCCGGGCAAAGUGCCACAACGCAGAGCAGCUGUAUGUGUGGCUCCUCCACUUCAUCGCCAACAACUACCUGAUCUUCAGCCACAAACCUGACUUCCUGGAGCUCUCAGGUCAGUGUGUGCAUCGUUUUAAAACACAGUAAAAAAAAAAGAAAAAAACCCAAGUGAGCCCAGAACAAAAGCUAAGAAUGCUGCAUGGAGUGAUGGCAAAAAGAAACUGCUGAUUUUGACUUAAUUUUAGAAAUAAUUAAGUCCACAUGCCUCCAGGCUUUUGAGAAUCUGUUGUUUUCCCACACAGUAUACGUAGGCUAGGCUCCCUCCGUCUCAGAGAAGGGCUGCGAACGGCAGGUCUGUUCCCCGUCUGUCGUCCAGUGUCGAACGAGUUUGUAAAAUCCAUGAGGCGAAAUCAGGGUGUCCACGGAUUGGCUGUCAAUUCAAAUGAAACACCAUGUUGCCACCUCAGGAAUUUUGGUUAUGCUUUGUAUUAAGUGCCUUGUAAUAAGCGUUAGUUAGGUGUAAUUGUAAGUCCUCAGAAGAUGACAUUUAACAAAGACAUUUAUAAGAAACAUUUCAACAGUUCAUAGACUGCUAAUCAGUUUCUGAUAAAUAGAAUUAUAAACACAUUGACUUUAAAUAACUUGUAUAUGAUGCCAUUGUUGGAUCUAAAGUGAGAACAAUGCUUUAUAAGUGUUAAAGGAUCCUUUGUUAUACACUUAAAAACAGCAUACUGCAAAAGAUAUUCUUAUUCCCAGCCCCUAUGACACCUUGCAUGGAUCAUGGGCAUGUUUUUCAUGCUAACAGAUGUUCCUCUCUUACUGCGACUGGUACUGUGUGUCAUUCAUUCAUGAUGAUCUAGGUUAGCAACUUCAUCCCUUUUAAUAUUACUAACACUGUUGUUGUUACUCAACCCACUAAGCUAAUGCUUCCAAAGCCUUGAAAGUGCUGCCGUUGCAUCAGUUAUUACUACACUUUUACUAGCGCUAGUUCUGCCAAGCACAGUUUUCCCUGGUGACCUCCCCGGGAAACUCACCGGUAAAAAUCAUCGCUACUGAAAUUAAGACGGCAUUGACUCUUGAGAGUGGAUGUGCUCAGAUAGCGAGCAUGCUCUGUGUACUAAAGCAAAAUUUCUCGUGUAAGGGCCUGGGUUCAGCUCCAGCCUGGAGCCCUCCCUGCAUGUCUUGUGAUCUUUUUAAAACAAACUGUCAAUAGGUGAAAAAUAAAGGGUUAAUUGAGUGUAACAGGGCACUGUUCUCACUGUAGUAGAUCCAGUAGCUGCACAAAGCACGAUUACCUCUUAACUGUUAAUAAGUGUGUGACAAAGUAUGUUUUAAUCUUAAAAGAGCAACUAACAAGCUGCGUGGUUAAACAAUGGCACAAUAUCAGUCGAUAUACAAGGUUUUUGUUAACAUUUUUAAGUAGUCUGUAAGGUGUUAACAAGUCCCUUGUAAGUGCUUCUGUCUUAUUAUCUAACAAAAAAUGUGUUUAAUGAUGCCAUUAUUAGCACUUAUAUGAUCUUAUUAAUGUCAAUAAACGUCUUUUAAGGAUUUAGAGCUGUAUUACCUAUUAACUCACGCUUAAGGACCUUAAUGGUACACUAUGUAGCUUGGGGGAAGACAUUUUAAGAGAAGAGAAAGAAAGAAUGAGAAGUGAAACACUCUCACUUAUUUUUUUUUUUUUUUCACGACUAUCCUCAAAGGAAAACUCAAUUUCAUUCUGAUCUAUUCCGGUGACCUUAUUCCCCUCGAGGAUGGCUUGUUUAUAUGCAAAUAUAUCACGUAACUAUUCCAGAGUUUGUAUUAUUACCUUAUUACUAUUCUAAAGACUAACUUUCUCAGCUUGCGUGUCUCUUCUGAAGCUACACAGUGCACCUUCUUUUAAGAGUUACUAGAAUGUUAAAUGUUUUAGGACACCUGUGACAAACUUCACACACUGACAUAUCGCACAAUAUGGCAG